UUUCUGAUCAGUCCAAAACAAAAGUUCUUAACAGAAGGUAGCGUUUAGUUUCCUAUUGAGAGAAAUAAUCAAAAUUAUUUUUUUGGAAAUUUGUACUAUCAGUGCGACUCGUGUUUGGAUUUUGUACGCACAAAUUUUAUUUGGCAAAGAAAGACUUAAAAUGAAACUCAUAAUAAUUGUGUUAAGCUGCUUAAUAUUUGCUGAAAGCUUAGAAUCUUUUCAAAUCAAUAUUGAUGGAGAUUGGAAUUUAUUUAAGGUUAAAUAUGGAAAACAUUACAAAAACGAAGCCGAAGAAAACUACCGAAUGAAAACAUUUUUCGAAAAUAAGGACAAAAUUGAAAAACACAAUGAGAAGUACGCUAAGGGUUUGGUCUCGUUUACACUCGGCCUCAACAAGUAUGCCGAUCUCCUAUACGAUGAAUUCUAUAAUUAUGUGAAUGGUUAUAAUUCAUCAAACGAAAACAAUCAGUAUAUAAGGAAAACAAUGCCAGAAGAAGGUAUUGAUUAUGUUAGCCCCCUUAACUUUACCUUACCAAAAUCAAUUAAUUGGACUGAACGUGGUGCAGUGACUCCAGUCAAAGAACAGGGUUAUUGUGGAUCAUGUUGGGCAUUUUCAGCUGUUGGUGCAUUGGAAGGUCAAAACUUUAUUCAUAAUGGGGUUUUGACUUCUUUGUCUGUUCAGAAUUUGAUUGAUUGUACAACAGAUUACGGAAAUUCAGGAUGCAAUGGAGGCUUUACUAGACAAGCAUAUAGGUAUGUAAAAUACAACGGAGGUAUUGACACAGAAGAAGCUUAUCCCUAUAAAGGAGUUGACGGAGCUGUCUGUAAUUUUAACAAAAGCAGCAUAGCAGCUACCGAUCGGGGGUAUGUUGAUCUUCCAAUAGGAGACGAGAGUAAGAUGAUGGAAGCAGUUGCAAGUGUUGGUCCACUAGCUGCUGUUAUUAAUGUUAAUCGGGAGUCAUUACAAUUUUAUAAAAGUGGUGUUUUCGAUGAAGCCGAGUGCCAUUCUAGUUUGGAGUACGGGAAUCAUUCUGUUCUCUGUGUUGGAUAUGGGACCGAUGAGAAUGGGAACGACUAUUGGAUAAUAAAAAACUCGUGGGGAGAUACUUGGGGUGAAGGAGGCUUUAUCAAAAUGUCCCGCAACAAGAAUAAUCAGUGUGGUAUAGCAAAUGAUGUCAAUUAUCCAUUAGUUUAGAAAAUCUUUAACAUCUUUAAUACAUAAUGUAAACAGUGUAUGUACUUUAGUUACAAAACGAUUAAAACAUAAGAAAAUAAUGAAUUA